CUCCUUUUAUGCGUCCGAUGGCACCCGUCCUUUUACACCCAUAUCAUCGUCCCUUUCUCUCCCAUGCUACACGAAGCUCCGACGCGGCUCCUCUGAAAAGCCCCAAGCACUUCAGUCUCAAGGUGCUCAUUCAACUAUUCGCAAUCACGAUCGCGAUCUUUGUCCUUGCGGUGCUCUUCUGGAAGCUUGGGAAAUUUCUCCGCCGGUUCACCCAGGACAAAGUCGUCAAGCGUGGCAACGCAGUCACCGCCCGUUACGCGCGAACCUGGUACGGCUGGGUGCCAGCCGAGAGACAUACACAGUGCAAAAAGUUCUUUCGGGCCUGCUUCGACAAGCUCGGCCGGUGGAUGGCGUGGCGAUCCUCGAACCAGGACUACAGCUGGGUGUGGUGGGACCCCGGUCAGAAGGAGUUGAAUAGAUACCGAGAGACGAGAAGGCCGCUGCGGUGGUUGCCCGGCUGGAUCAGGAGUUACAGCUUCACUACUGCAGAUACCAUUUGGAACCCGAGGCCCGCUGAAAGUACUGGUGGUAUCGCCGCGCCGGCUGGUCGUCCCCAGUCGCCGUCAUUCAGAAUGGCCGGGGCACUUGUUUCAUACCAAACGCUGGAUCGCGUGGUGGGCAGCCGACAUACUGUUUCCAGGACGAAUGACUUGAACCGGAGGCUUGAAUGGCUCUCCAACCAGCUAAGCCCGGGACGCAGACCGUAUCAUUUUGCCCUGCUUGCCAAUCACUGGCUGAAUCCGGAGACAUGGAUAGUCAUCGACCCUCCUACUAGGAUCCCUAUUGAAGCUCGAAGGCGGCUGGGAGACCCAAGAUUUAACGAGCCUUACCCGGCUGUUGACUGUACUCCAAAGCCGAAGUAUCCCCAGAAGCCACGCAAACGUGCUGAUGUCCCCAAGAUCAACUCUUGGAGAGUAGCUAUCAACCGACACAGACGAGCGCGUGGAAUUGAGGACAUGAUCAGGGGUGUCGAGCUCUUCGAGGGCUCAAUCGAUGCACCAUCCGAUGGCAAGGUCGAUCCUGCUUGCUGGAUUCUCCGAAAGCCGCCCCAAGGAUAUAGCCUGUCUUCUCGCCAGGGUACUGUGUUUUACGAAGGAGGAGCAGGCUGGCAAGAAACGCUGGAUGACUGGCAAAAAGUCCGCCGCGGCUAUCGCAUUCGGAAGGCCAUCCAUGAGGGAAAGGUGAAUCGCAAACGAGCAAAAGAGAUUGCGCUGGGAAUUACCCGAUGCUAUCGAAUGGGCGUAUCUAAAUUCCCCUAG